AAAAGAAGGAAAGCAGGCCGUUGUACGUGGAAAAUCCAGCAGACAAACUGACAAACAAAGCCACACAUUCUGUUUGAAUCCAGUUCAUCAUCUAAACUAGAAAGUCUUCGCAAAUUAAAUUUCUUCGUAGAAAUUAUGAAAUAAAACCGACCCAGCGCCAGCAGCGUCUGUGUUUUUCAUUUCAUUCUGUCGGCCAUGGCUGGUCUCUUUCUUCUCUUCUCUUUUUUCCUCUCCUUCUUUGCUUCUUCGCCAAGUUUCUCUUCCGUUUACGCCGACGCUAAUCUCACCCAACCUUCUUUUACUCGCAUCAACCGCGAUCUCUACCAUUCCAGUAAUGAUUUGAUUGAACAGAUAAAGUCCCUGGUCCAUCGACACCCUGACAAACUCACUGUAGAAACAAUUAAAGCUGGAAACAAAGGUUACGAGGCAGAGAUCACUGUUGUUACUUAUUGCCAGAGUAGAAAGGAGAGUGACGACAAGUCAAAGUUUAGGAUCCUUCUUAGUUUUGGGCAGCAUGGAAGGGAGCUUAUUACAUCUGAACUGGCAUUAAGGAUCUUGUCAAUCUUAAGUGAAGAACAGUUUCUACCCAAGAUGGACCAAGCUUCCUUAAAUAGUAACCUUGACAACGUAGUUAUAAAGGUAGUGCCCAUGGAGAAUUUGAAUGGUCGCAAACUUGUUGAAGCGGGAGAUCUUUGUGAAAGGAGAAACGGGAGAGGAGUUGAUCUCAACCGGAAUUGGAGUGUAGAUUGGGGAAAGAAGGAGAAGGACUAUGAUCCAUAUGAAGAGAAUCCUGGAACUGCUGCUUUUAGCGAACCUGAAACCCAAAUCAUGCGUAAACUUGCCAUAUCAUUUGAUCCUCACAUAUGGGUUAAUGUACACUCUGGGAUGGAGGCACUAUUUAUGCCGUAUGACCACAAAAACAGAACCCCUGACGAAUUGUCAUCACAUCGAAUGAGAUUGUUGCUUGAAGAACUGAAUAAUGUUCAUUGCCACAAGCGUUGCAUGAUUGGUUCGGGUGGAGGCUCUGUCGGUUAUCUGGCACAUGGGACAGCAACAGAUUACAUGUAUGAUGUUGUGAGAGUACCCAUGGCAUUCACCUUUGAGAUCUAUGGAGAUGGUACAGCCUCGGCAAAAGACUGUUUUAAAAUGUUCAAUCCAGUUGACCUUACCACCUUCAAGAAAGUUAUCAAUGACUGGUCUGCUGCUUGUUUCACAAUUUUUAAGCUGGGACCACGUCAGCUUGAUGUCCAUUCCAAGUCUGGUGCAUCUAAUAUGGACAAAUGGGUGUCCAUAGAUGAAUAUCUUGAUGGUUACUUAAUGGGUAGAAGAAGUAGAUAUGAGAAGAAGACGGAGGUGCUUGAGGUUGGAAUGCAGGAGAUAAGAACAUAUUUCAGGCUUUUCUUGUUAUCCUCAGUGCUGUUACUGUUCAUGUUCUGUUCUCGAAUUUCAAAAACUAAGGGUGGCAGACAAAUUGUUUCGGCUAUACCUCUUUGACACUUUACAUGGAAUACAAAGUGGGGAGGGCUGCACGUUACCUUCUUUGAACUAAAGAUGUAUGCUGUGAUUUUGUACAAGUGAAUAGAGUUUUUUUUUUUUUUAUUUUGUAUGUUGUUCUUUGAUAAUGUAGAUGUUAUUUUACCUUUCUUUGCGGUGUAUCAAAGCUAAUGCUUUCACAUUUGCUGCAAUGGAAACGUGAUCCCAAUACUAAUCAACUUUUUUUUCCAAUUAAAGGGAUCGACGCUAAUCUUUUGAACGUCGUAUGUUGAGGAUAUUAAAAUUUUGGCGACCGUGGGAACACAUCAUUUACAUUUAAAACAAGCAAUCACGUGCAAGAUUUUGAUUUUCUUUUUUUUUUUUUUGAUAACUUUGAAAGCG